GCCCAUUGCUAGUAUCCAUUGUGUUUGGGCCUUUAUAAUAGCAAAACCCGCAGAGCACAUCAAAAAGAAAAUUAUCAAAUAUUGUCAGUACGCGUGCUAGUUUUGUUAUAAAUUAUUGUUUUAUAUCAAAAAUAAAAGUCUGCAGACAUAUUUUAAACCAAAAUGUUACUCAGGCCUUAUCUGAAACGUCGAACCAGCUUUGCUGGCAUACGUAGUCUUUCAAUACAGGUGAAACCAGUACAAUCUACUGCUGUUGCUGAAAAAGAUAACGAGAUCUUCCAACACCCCGAUUACUUCGGUAUUCAUCGUCUGUUUACUGUGGAAGAUCUGUUUAAAGCAAAAGUACAUUUUGGUCACAAAGAAGGCACUCUCAAUGAUAAGAUGAAAGGCUAUCUAUACGGUAGUCGGUUAGGACACUGUAUAAUUGAUCUUGACAAGACCGCCGAAUAUUUGAGACUUGCACUGAACGUUACAGCACACAUUGCCUACCGCGGUGGAAUCAUACUGUUUCUUAACCGUAGUGCCCAGAACGGGCAUAUAGUGGAAAGAACGGCAAUGGAAUGUGGCGAGUAUUCGCAUACAAGAUUUUGGCGUGGCGGUAUUUUCACGAACUCGAAAGUUCAAUUUGGUGCAGUAACUAGGCUUCCAGAUUUGUGCGUAUUUUUAAAUACUCAGAACAACGUUCUUGAAAUGCACAGAGCAGUGCAAGAUGCGGCUAAAAUGGCUAUACCUACAAUAGGUAUUGUAGAUACUAACUGUAAUCCAAACUUAAUAACCUACCCUGUUCCCGGAAAUGAUGACACCACCUCGGCAAUCGAGUUGUACUGCAAAUUGUUCAAAAAUGCAGUUUUAUUAGGCAAAGAAAAACGAAAAGAAUCGCAAUAGGUAAUUUAAAGAAUGUAAAUAAAAUUGUGCGUUUAAUCGGGAUAGUCAUCAUAAACAAUUAUUCGUUCAAAUAUGUUCACAUAGUAACGAUUUUAUAAAUGAGCUUAAAAAAAUAAUUUUUUUUUCUGUAGUAAUUGUAGCUCAAAAAUAUAAUUCAGUUUUCUGAUGUAAUUGUUCAUGUAAUACAAAAGGUAUUUCCCUCCCA